AUGACGACAACUGCCGGCAAUGAUCUCUACCAUGAAAGGAAUUACGAGCCGCACGCGUCCAUGGACGAAAAGAUGACGGACCUGGCCAAGUUCAUGAAAGCGCACAGCAUCUGUAUGGUGUCCACCAUGCGCAACGGUGAUUGGGGUGAGGAGAUCUCCGCCCGAUGCAUGGGUCUCGCCGCCACGGAACGUGCUGGUGCCGAGCUGAUCUUCCAUACCAACACGGAAUCGAGUAAAACCGAUCACUUGGCGAAAGAUCCCCGGGUGAAUGUCAGCUUCUUGGACCCAGCUGCGGGACAAUGGGCUUCGGUGUUUGGAACGGCGUCUGUCGUCGAUGACCGCGACCAAGUACGAAAGUACUACUCACCCGCGCUGAAGAACUGGUUUGGCGAUCUCGGCAAUGGAACCAACGAUGGAGGCCCCAACGACCCGAGGAUUGGCAUCAUUAAAGUCCACGCCGAGUCGGUGGCAUAUGCUAUUGUUGAGCCGGGAAUGUUGGGCAAAGAUGCGUCAAACUACGAUGGUCACCAGGACGAUAUGCCGAGGAUUAACAAGCUUCGAAAGCUCACCAAGAAGGAACUCGAUGAUUGGCGUGCUGCUCACGCCAAGCAACGGAUCAAGAAUGACCUUCGCCAACAAAUCCCGCUCUACACCUUCGAGGACCGUCCAGAUACAUACGAGCACUACGUCAAAUCCACUCGGCAAUUACACUACGGGGGAUAUCAGAAAUACAUUCGACAUGAACGUCCCUAUCGAGUCAAGACGAGCGCUGGCGGGGAGAGAAUUAUCUUGCCAUUCAAGUAUCUGCCCGAGAUCAAGAACGCCUCGCAGAAGGUGAUGAGUCUGCCGGAUGAGAUGGAAGAUUUGCUGUUGAUGAGGUAUACGGGUGUACCACAGAGGACUGAUUCUGGGACCAAAGUGGUUCGCGUAGACAUCACCAGAAAUCUCGGGAAUUUCGUUGACGCCAUGAAUGAGGAGUGCAUUUACGGCUUCGAGAAAUACAUGCCAUGUCACGGCGAAAGCUGGCAGAUUGUCAAACCCUACCACGUCUUCGCCAGGAUCGUUGCCUUGAUCUCCGGUCGUGUCCUGGUGGGAGAAGAGUUAUGUCGAAAUGAAGAUUGGAUUCGACUGAGCAUGGACUUCUCCACGCAUGCGUUCGGAGCGGCGCGCACGUUGCGGAGUGGCAACAAAUGGCCGUGGUCGAUGUGGUUAGCCUCGUACACCGAGCCUGCUGUCAAGGCCAUUUUGGAACGAAGACGAGAGGCAGAAGCUCUGAUGAAGCCCGUGUGUGAAGCACGCCUCCGUCGACGCAGCACCAACGACGCUAAUUGGAAGAUUCCCGAGGAUGGAAUCCAAUGGCUACUCGACAGCCAUUCCCACAGUGGCGAAUCAGCCGAAGAGGUGGUCAAAUCCCAAUUGCGAUUGACCAUGGCAGCGAUCCACAACACCACAAUGAGCGUCACCAACGACCUGUUUGAUCUCCUCUCGCAUCCAGAAUACAUCCCGAUCCUUCGAGAUGAAGCCCGACAAGUGCUCGCAGAAGAGGGCGGCGGCGACGGCGGCGGUGGCGGGUGGACCAAACAAGGGCUGACCAAGAUGCGUAAAAUGGAUAGUUUCAUGAAAGAAAGCCAACGUAUGAAUCCCUCGACGCCCAUCACUUGCAAAAGAAAGGUGGUGGAAAAUUUCGCUCUACACGAUGGACUGAUAUUACCACGUGGCUGUCAUGUGGCUUUCACGUCGGAUGCUGUGAAUCGUGAUGCGGCCAUUUAUGAGCGGCCAGACGAGUUCGACGGUUUGCGCUUCUAUCGUCUGAGGACAGCGAGGCCGGCAGCGGAGAAGACGGGCACGAUAUCUGCUAAUGAGACUAAAUAUCAAUUCGUGACUGCGACGCAGGAAUAUCAGAACUGGGGAGCAGGUGGACAUGCUUGUCCAGGAAGGUUUUUUGCGAGCAAUGAGAUCAAGCUGAUGUUGGCGUAUCUGGUGGAGAAUUAUGAGUUUCGUUGGAAGGAUGGCGAAGGCAGACCGGAGAGUGCGGUAAUUGAUUGGAAUAUUCUUCCCGAUCGAGAAAAGGAAGUCAUGUUUAGACGCAGAGUGGCGCAGUCUCCGGUCGUCAAGUUGCAACAGCCUUGCGCCGUCGUGUCGAGUCAGCGGGGAUACAACCCUGCGCUUCUUCGGCUCGGCGGCAGUUUUCGCGCAUCAACGAGUACCGUACGGCGUACGUAA